AUGGCAGCCCUCGAACUCAACGAACGGAGAAGCCACGGCUGGCCGAAGUUCAACCCAACUAAGGAAAGCUUCCGCAGCUUCAUCCAGCGAGUCAACGAGCAUGCCAACGCCACCAUGCGGACGGAAGCGGAUGCACUGAGGGCUCUACCAACAAUGCUGUCCGAAGAAUAUCUGGAAGCCUACCGAGCUGGAAUCAACGCGAACGACACCUGGCGGACAAUACUGGACAAAAUCCGAGAUGCUGUGCUCACACCUGCCAAAUGCUCGGAGUUCCAAGCCAAGCUGUCCGCUUUAUCCCAAGGUGGGCUGUCUGUUCAAGAAUUUGCGAAGCAACGAUCGACGAUUGGCGCGUUCAACGAUUCCAUUGGAUGCAUGAUGAACCGACUACAGCUACUCUGGGAACAAUGCAGGGAAAAGAACAAGAAGACUUCACCCCAGUAUGGCAGGAUCAAUGAGAGACAAUUGAAAGCCGGAGACAGCAUUUUGGUGCAACGACAACAACCCGAGAACAAGCUGGCUCCGAAGCUCAAAGGCCCGUUCAAAGUGCUCGAGAUCAAAGGAAAGAACGUUCAUUUCGCUGAUGACAGGAAGAUCAUUAGAACAGCGCACAAAGACGAAGUGAGAGGACUGCCUGGCCCGAAGGUUGAAGACGGAAUUGAGAGACACCAAUGUGGGCAAGGACCACGAAGAUCAAAAAGAAUUGCUGAGAAGAAGGGAGAGCGAAUUUGGUUUUCUUUUGUUUUGUAUGUUUCCUUCUCUUAUCAGAGGUUAGAGGGGUAG